AUGCCAACUGAUCUGGACGGCGACUCGCAAAUGGCCUCAUCCCCCGAAUCUUCUGUCGGCUCGCCGGUGGGCUCCCGCACGCCUACGAACAACAAUAGUCUCAAUGACUCUAACUCAGGAUUCGCUGGGGCUUCCGAACUAUCCCCGCCAGGCUCGCAGACACAGAACUUCUCUGAAGUCACGGAGAUGGCCGCACUCGAGAAGAACAGACCUUCAGAUUUCUCGACACAGGUUGCUGGGCAGCAGCAACAACAACAGCAGCAGCAGCAAAGGCAACCCGGGGCACGGUGGAUGAACAAACGGGCGGAGGAGGAGUACCAGCGAGCGAUGGAGUAUAUCGUUGAUAAGGACUUUAAUCUGGAUGAGUUCGGUGACCCUUUCGAUGACCGAGACAUGGAGGAGCCGGUAUUCUAG